ACCAAGGAGACCAGACCAUGUUUCGCAUCAACAUGGCAUUAUCUGCGCUGCUGAUGCUGGCCUGUCUCGGCUCCAGUCACGCCUGGGGUGGCCUCUUCAACCGCUUCAGCUCUGACAUGCUCGCCAACCUGGGGUAUGGGAGAUCCCCCUACCGUCACUAUCCCUAUGGGCAGGUUGAACCAGAAGAAAUAUACGCAGAGGCUCUAGAAGGGAAUCGUAUAGAAGACGCUGAAGACACCCACUGCUACAGCUCUCCAUGCAUCACGAAUGGAGACUGCUGCAGAGGCCUCAUGUGCCUUGAGACGGAGGACGGUGGCCGCUGCUUGCCGGCAUUCGCUGGGCGUAAACUGGGUGAAAUUUGCAACCGGGAGAAUCAAUGUGACGCUGGACUGGUGUGUGAAGAAGUUGUGCCAGGAGAAAUGCAUGUAUGUCGUCUCCCAUCCGCCGGCCGUAAGCAAUACAAUGAAGACUGCUCAACCUCAAGCGAAUGUGACAUCAGCCGAGGUCUUUGCUGCGUCAUGCAACGUCGCCACCGGCAGAAAGCACGCAAGAGCUGUGGAUACUUUAAGGAGGCUUUAGUCUGCAUAGGACCCGUAGCGACUGACCAAAUUCGCGAGGUCGUCCAACAUACCGCUGGCGAAAAACGUAUCGGGGUGUACCGGAUGCAUUAAUUCCAAAUUCAAAUCAAGAGUGAACAAUUCAUAAAAUUCCUUUUUUCAUUUAAAUUGUUCAUUCUUUUAAAAUCAUUUAUGAAUAAAAGUAUAUACUGUCCUUCUAUAAUUUUGUUCCAUUUUUGAAUAUUUUUAAUCAUAAAUGAUUGAAAAAUGGAAAAUGUAAUAGGCAAGGUGAAAUUUAAUGAAACCUAUUUCAUUUUCUUAGUUCUUUUGAUAUUAUUCGUUAAAUUAUCAAUGAAUGAUAUUAAAAUACGAUGAUUUAAAAGUCGAAAUAUGGCUUUGACAACGGUUAACCGAACACUUUUAUUUCGUUACGACGAAGCAUCGUAGUUUCCUUUAUUCGCAAAUUAGAUUUUAGGAUAAAAUAUUUUGACUAUUAUCUUAUGAAUGUUUAAAUAGUGUUUAUGUGUCUUUAAUAAAUUUAAUAAUAGCUAUAAGUAUUCAAAUAAACAUACAUAUCCAACUGGCUGAGGGAUUUAUUAAUAAUUGAUGUUAACAUAUCAUAACUUUAAGAUUUCUCUAAUGUAAGUCGGUGUAAAUUUCGCUUUUUAGUAAAGCCCGCGUGGCAAGUAAGAGUUUUACUGAUUACAUUACUGACAAUUUAUGGAUUGCCUAAAGUUUGUCGUAUGAAUUAACAGUAAUAUUUUUCUAGGUGCCUAGAUAACUAAACAUAUCAUAUAAACGUUACAUAUCAAUUCAAAGUAAUUAGAUAUAGUUUUUCAAUAUUUUAAAACCUCAUUGAAAAUUAAGGUUCAAUUGCCUAGUAACUGUGAUUGUGUAUUUUCGGAUGGUUUUAAAUAAUAUAUUUUUCUGCCAAAUCUCCACUGUUAAAGAUAUAAAAUAUCUUCUCAGAUCGCUAUUACUGUUGAGGCCUAACUCUGGACACAGAUAUAUGUCUGCCGUUGAACUAGUUUUAGAUGUAAGUCCUAUGUAACUUGUAAUAUGUGUUAUUAAAUACAUUA